AUGAGUGUCUUACCUUCUUGCGGUUGCUGCGGACAAGCGGUGGUUGUCUCUGUGGCCAUCAUUCUUGCGCUACUCCACCAUUGCAGUGCCAAGCAUCGCCCAUCCUGUCCUUCUUCUUCGUGCGGCGAUAUUCGCGACAUAAAAUAUCCAUUCCGACUGAAAGGCGACCCUGGCGGUUGCGGCCUCCCCAGGUACGAACUUGAUUGCGUGAAUAACGUGACAAUGUUUACUCUGUUUUCAGGGAAAUACUAUGUGAAGGAUAUUAAUUACAAGAGAUACGAAAUCCGGUUGACUGAUGCGGGUGUCGUGGAAGACACCACGUGCUCCUUUCCUCGCUAUUUCUUAUCCAGACAAAAUUUCAGUAUCAUUUCUGAUGAUGAUCCGCUGACUUACUGGUAUACGGAGGAGUAUGCGCAUCAUCCUCCAAAAGUAGUGUUUCUAAACUGUAGUGAUCGAGUGAGUGAUGAUCCUCGAUAUGUGGAAGUGAGAGGCGGUGGUUGUGAUUCCGGAGGCCAUAUCUAUGCCGUUAUGGAUCGUAGUGAGGUGUUUCCUCCGGAAUUCACACUGAUGGACGUGAAGGCGGGCUGCAGAUUAAAGGUUGCUACCUUCGCAAACUGGACCCAUGACGGUAAUGGUUUCCAUACAAAACAUGAGAGGAAGGUUUCGUAUGCCGAUAUCCUUAGAUCUCUGGAAGAUGGAUUUUGGUUGUCUUGGUUACAACUUGUUUGCAGGGAUCGCUGUCAGGGUCUCUAUUGCAACCUCAAUCGAACCACACAACAAAUUGAGUGCGGUGGUUGUCAAAUCUUCAACCAGGACACCGACAACUGUGGUCAGAUAUAUUCCUCUACAUCUCUAAUCUUACCAUUUUAA